AUAAAGGACCACGGCGGCGCCACGCGCUCUAUCGCGUUCUCGAGCCGAGGACCAGUCAUACUCAGCCACCAUGACCUCCCUUCUUGAACCUCGACUCGAAGGCGUCCUGCUGUCUCCUUUGCUACACCAGAAGCAGCGCGCCGACUAUGGGGACCCACGUCUGGGUGGAGGUGCUCGGCCUAUUGAUCGCCUCAAUAAUGCUCUAUGGCCUAUGGUUCGCGCCGCUCGCACGCCUACCUGGCCCGCUGAUAUGCGCGAUCACUCGCCUUCCCCUCAUGUAUCAUGAGUUUAAUGGGAACAGACGCCUGUUCAUCCAUAGCCUGCAUCUGCAAUACGGGCCUGUCGUGCGCGUGGCCCCGAAUGAGGUCUCAUAUGCUACGCGAGAAGCCGUCAAGGAGAUUUACGCCUCAGGAGGAAGUGGUUAUGAUAAGUCAUCGUUCUACUCGUUGUUUCAGAACUUCGAAACGGGGAACAUGUUUUCCACUCUGCAGAAAGAUGAGCACGCAGCCGUAAAGAAGCAAUUUGCCGAGCGGUAUAGCAAACUUCAUGUCCUGAAGCCAGAGGUUUCUUCUGUAAUCCAAGAGAACGUCGAUGCAUUCAUAAUGAGAGUGACCGAGCGGCUCGGCGCGAGCGUCGACAUCUAUGAUCUCCUUCAUUGUUUCUCCCUCGACGGGAUUACCGGGCAUCUCUUCUACCCAAGUGGGCUACACUCGCAAAGUGUUCCAAAGGAUCACAAGCUCAUGGAAGAGCUGUCCUACUCAAACGGCUUGAGGCGGGCAUACUUCCGCCACUACUUCCCCGCCCUCUGGCGGGUCUACAGCAAAUUUACAGGAGUCACCAGGCGCCGCGGCGACACAGGUCUCGUCGAUGCUUACGUUCUCAAGACAACGCGCGAGGCCACCGUCGAUCCGCACACGGUCCUCGACAAGCUCCGCACCGCCGACGCCCGCAACCCACAGCGUCCCGCACUCCUUUCCGCGUCCGAAUGCAUGGACCACCUCGCGGCAGGGAUCGACACGACGGGCGACGGACUCUGCUUCCUCAUGCACCACCUCUCCCUCCCUACCCCCGCGUCGCGACGUGUGCAAGAGAAGCUCCACGAGGAGCUCGUGCAGAAUCCCGGGAAGUCCCUAGACGACUUGCCGUAUCUCGACGCGGUGGUCAAAGAAGGGCUGCGCGUCUUCAGCCCGAUCCCUAUGAGCUUUCCGCGCGUCGUGCCCAGCGGCGGCCGGGUCGUCGACGGUGUUCCCUUGCCCGGAGGGACGAUCGUGAGCUGCCAGCCGUACACGCUGCAUCGCUUCGACACGGACGUCUUCCCCGAUCCGGACGAAUUCGUGCCGGAGAGAUGGCUUGCCGCAGAGCGCGCUGCGGAGCGCAACCAGCUCUUUUUCGCGUUCGCUGCUGGAGGUCGCGGAUGUAUUGGAAAGCAUCUGGCAUUGCUAGAGAUGAAGCUACUCCUCAGAGACGUAUACUCCACGUACCGCACCCGCGUCGCCCCGGACAUGGUAGCCUCAAUGGAGCAGGACGAUCAGACGAUCUCGUCCAGGCCCAAGGGUCGGAAGUGCUUAGUUACAUUCGAGAAACUCAACUACUUCUAG